GCGUGACUGCACAAAAACGGACCAUCGAAACACAUUGACUUCUACGCUAUAUUACUUUCAAGAGUUAUCCUACCUAAAGUAGUUUGAAAUGUAAUGUAUUUGCCUUAAUCUAUGUUUAAUAUACCUUAUAAAAGGCCGUAUUUGUGUGAUCGCUAGUGCAAAUUCGUUGUUCUUCUGUGGUACUGUAGAUUGUUGGCAAUAUUUCGCAUGUAGCUGGCGGGAAGUGAAAAUGUUAUCAUAUAUCUCCCUUUACGAUAUUUUCAUCAAUUAGCCACUGGAAGGUGUUUUUUUUUAGCCAGGGCGUUCCGCACUUAAUGUUUUUGAAAAUCACGGUCGAUUAAUGUGAGGAAAGUACUUACACCGGGGCUUUUUCUGGAUGGUAGCGUCCCACUGGAAGGAUCCGCUGUGAGUCUGCUUUGUUUCUCAAACCAUACAUACAUUUUAUCUGGUCCCCCACAGGAGAAUUGUAUGUUUAACUAUUGCAAUGUGAGUUUUAUUAAUAGGUUAUCAGUCCUCGAUUAACAACCAUCAGCUCCUUUUUUGACCCCUUUGAAGCGCUCUGACAUUUCCACCACAAUGUCUCAGUCAGAGACGUGUUGCAUUUGUGGGGUGAGGUUUGUGAGGGGGCCCAAGGGUUACAACAGGAGGAAAGUCACCACGCUGACCAGCCCCAAGACCUUCCAGCUAGUCUUUGACAUCACUCCUGAUGACUCCUCCUUCCUCUGCUGGGUCUGUCUUGGUGUGCUCAGAAGGAAAACCAAGCAGGAUGGGAAGCUUUGGACUUGGUCAGAUUUGCCAACAAAAGUUGGCAGACCUCGAAAGCCCCGUGCCGAAAUACCAAGCUCAUCCACAACUUUACCAAAUCUAACUCCAAUUAUAACCAACCCAUCCUCUUUAUCCAUAGAAGAGGAGUGCAUUGCUUCUAAAAAAAACAAACGGAGGACAGUUCGUCAGUGGGACGGGGAAAAAUGGACCACCUUGACUUCUUGUUCCCCAGAAUCCCAUUCAACAACCAUCAGACGACCUCCAACGCCCAUAGCCCCAACCACACACUCUUCAACACCAUCAAAACAAGUCAAUUCCUCAGCAUUAUCAAGUCAAACUUCAAAUCAGAUCAGUUCCUUGUUCUCCUUUGGAGAGCGGACAACAAAAAGACAUCCGAAGGCGCCCCAAUCUACAACACACUCCACACUCCCGUCUCCGGUCCCCGUUGACGAAGGUAUAAGGCCCAAGAAGAAGAAGCUCCCUUUCUCCAAGACUAAGCAGAGCUAUGGGUUUGGACCUCAUGCCAAGGCCCUGUAUUACAUGAACAGCCACCAGCACCUGAAGGCCUUCAGGUCCUUGAUGAAGACCAAAGCUAGGGAAGCCAUGACCCUUUUCCUCGCCGAGGUCAUCGCCCAGGAGAGUAAGGUAUUGAUGAAGGACCAACGUGGGCCGUUGCGUCAGCCGCUGACUGAGGCGAGUGUGAGUGGGUUUUCCUGGGACACGGUUCUAGCGUGGGGGGAAGAAAAGGCCCCUAUAACCCUGGCCUGUCUUAGGGCCAUGUUCCCCAAACCCAACACCAUCAGGACACAGGUUAUGAUGGGAGCAAGGAAAACGAAACGCCCGAGGACAGAAGAGGAGGCAGGUGAUGUCGUCAGCCAGAGGGCGGGGCUUAUCUUGGCCAUCGUCCUCUACACCUCCAUGCAUAAGUGCAACUUCAUCCAGGCCUCUCUGGGGGUCGAGUUCUGGAAACAGGGGUGUCCUCUCAGCGUGUUCAAAGCCCUCAGUGCCCUGGGGGUGUGUCCCAGUGCUGCCUCCACCAGGAGACACGCAGAGAGGCUGAUAACCGGCUUUGAUCCACCUCAGCAGGACCGGACAGAGGGGGUGGAGGAGGAGCCUGGGGAUUCCUUUUGUAGAUCUGAGGAUGAGAGUCAGACUCUGAGUUGUUCUGAAGAGUAUCCCAGUUCCUCCCCAACCCACUCUCUGAAUUGGUUCUCAGACCAAUCCCACUCCAGAGACGGGUCCUCGUCCGAUCGGAGUUCCAGACCUGACUCCAGAUCUCGCUCCAGGAGCGACGACUACCAAGGCCCCACUCAGAGGCCUGACUCCCGGGAGUACCAGAAUCUGAUCAAAGAACAUGGUUACCACAAAGUCCAGAAACCUACAUUGAGUCGAUGGACGAAGAACAGUGAGGACAAAAGGGAGGCAAAGGAAAAACCUGUUCAAAAUCUCAAGAGAAGGAAGAUGACGAAAAAGAAACCUGCUCAAUCGCCUCCAGUAGUAAACGCAACUGGCGCGCACCGUUCAGACACGGAGACUUCUCAAGUAAGUAAGGUAAACAUGGAAAUCGUUGAAUCGUCUCAAGUAGACAACACACACAUGGAACCCGUUCAACUCAGCGAUACAAACAAGAAACCUGCUCAUAUAAGUGAGACAAAUGUACAACUUGCUCAAAUGUCUGAAAUGAGCGAGACAAACAUGGAACAAAUUAAAAUGCCCAAAAGAGGCAGGCCAAGGAAGGAACUUGCUCAAAUGUCUGUCAUGAGCGAGACAGUCAUGGAACAAAUGAAGAUUCCUAAAAGAGGCAGGCCAAGGAAGGAACUUGCUCAAAUGUCUGUAAUGAGCGAGACAAACAUGGAACAAAUGAUAAUGCCCAAAAGAGGCAGACCAAGGAAGGAACUUGUUCAAGUAAGUAAAACAAACAUAGAACACACUCAAACUCCACAAAUAACAGACACACACUUGGAACCUGUUCACAAGCUCAGAAGUCCAAGGAAGAAACCUGUCCAAACGCCCCAGGUAACUGAUACACAACACAAACCCAUUCAAGUAACCAAUACAGAUAUUAAACUUGCUGAGACAAACAAAGAAUCAGUUGUACAGGCCAAGAAUGGGAGGCCAAAGAAGGGAUUUGUUCAAAUUCCACAAUUAACCGACACUUGCAUGGAACCCAUUCCGGUAAGUGAGGUAAACGCGGACACCACUUUAAUGCCCAGUAACAUGAGAUCAAGGAAGAGACCCAGACGAGUUCCCCAAGUAUCCGGCACAAACCAGGAAUUAACUCAAAUGCCCAAAAUAACCAAAAUGAACAAGGAAUCCUGCAAAAUGCUUCAGAAAAUGGACACACGCAUGGCACCUGCUGUAACAUCUAAAAGAGGGCGGACAAGGAAGGGACCAAUUGAAAUGUCUCAAGAAACCGACUUACACACAGAAGCCGGUCUAAUGCCUCAAGCUGGUGAAAUGAAUCAGCAACUUAUCGAAGGACUGGAAAUAAAUAAAGAACCCGCUGAACCCCAAAAUCUCACUGGAAAGGCUAAAGUAAAUCAGAGAAAUAAAGUACCUGCAAAGACACCUGAAACACUAGAUCAAAUGGAAUUAAUUCCAAAGCGCAGAGGCAGGCCAAGGAAAGAACUUGCUCAAGUGAUCAACACAAGCAAGGAAACCCCUUCAAUGCAUAAAAUAAGCAAAACGGGCAAAGAACCUGCUCUUACACGGGAGAUAAAAAUUAUUGUCAAUAGGAUGGAAAGCUGUAGUGCAGCUGAAAUGCCCCAAAUACGUGAGAUGAACAAUGAACCUGUUCAAGUAAGUGCGGAAAACUUUGAACCUGUUCAAAGACUGAGUGGGAAGUCAAUGGAGGGACUCGUUCAAAUGCCCCAAGUAAGCUGCACGGACAUGGAACCUGGUAAGUUAGGCAGGACCAUCAUGGAAACCACUUCAACUGCAAAAAGGACUGACAAAGAAUCCGUUCAAAGGCCUCAAGCAAACGAAACAAAAGCAGAACUUGCUCAAACGUCUCAGAUAAUGGAAACGAUAAAGGAACACAUUCAAAUAACCAACACAGACAAGGAAACCGCUUCCGUGCCCAAAAGAAGCUGCACAGACAUGGAACUUGCUAAAAGGUACAAAAUGAGUGACUUUCAGACCCGGGUAAUAAGAAUAGUUGACACUAGGAUGAGGGCAAACAAAGAAUCUGUUUCAAUUCCUCAAGUACACGACCCAAACCAGGACCCUGAACCUGCUGCAACACCUGAAAUAAGUGACACAAACAAACAAUCCACGCGAGUGAUCAGAAUAGUUGUUAACAGGAGGAUACCGGCAGACAUAUGUAGUCACACCCGGAAAAGCCUGGAGUGCCUGGCUGAGGUAGCAGCCAAAUGUGCUCCAUUAGAUGUUAAAUCUGCCGAAGAAGAUGGAUAGGUAGGUAGACGCAUGUUACUUAUCAUUAUAAGAAACUUCACAACAUGACGUCUCAGGAAAGAAAAUACAAAUUGUGAAAGGGUAUAACCCUAACCUGAGGGGUGGGGAAUAGUCUGCCUCGUCUUCUGUAUUCGUUUUACUGUAAUUGUACAUACCAGGCCUUUGUUUUAGCAAUUGUCUUCUCCACCUUGUUCAUUUAAUAUGUACAUAAUCCCAGAAACCUUCGUGUUUUUGUCAGUGUCCACUGUGGAUUUAAUGUUAAUCUUAUCCCAUUUUGUAUUUAGUUGUUCUGAUUGUACUUCUGUGGUUGUUGACAAUGUAAUAAAAAUGUAUAUGUUUUGUACAAAGGGAAUUACUGCAGUCUUAGUAUCCAUGCUCAUUUCAGGGUAUUUGUUUUCAUUACAAAUGUCAUUUGACUAAAAGCAGACUGUAAACCAAAACAGAUUUGCCCACCAAUCUUUAAGAUGGAAAAUAAAUUGAUAUGAAACAAC